AUGGGCCUUCUUCGGGGUAUAAUAGGCGGCAGCAUUGCGGCGCUGCUGCUGCAGCAGCAGCAGCAGCAGCAGCAGCAGCAACUGGUUGCUGCCUUUGAGGCCCCAGCACACGAAGCCAUAUCAAUGACUGCUUUAUCAGGCCUCACCAUGCAAGCAAAUCAGGCGCUGCGCCGGCUGCUUAAUGGGAAGGAUGUUGCGGACGUUUCUGGCUGGGCUCACCGAGUGACGGAGAAGUACCCGUUGACGGCUCCCUUACACUUCCAGCGGCAGCCUAUAUGCCCUCCCUCCUCAACAGCAGCAAACACAAAAAUAGAGAGAUCCUUCUGCAGCAGCAAAACUGCAGCAGAAGACGGCUGUCUCCUUGAGGCGCUCACUUACUUCUUCUAUAGACUCACCGCACCUGAAAAAAUAACUGAACCGAGAGAUGAUGAGAAUCCUGUGGUUCGCACCGACAAGUUUGUGUUUCCUCACGGCAUCAACACAACAGAUGCUGAUGCGGUGGUUGAAUAUGAAGUCGGUGAUGACGUACGAGAGAAGCGCCGCAGCAGUUUAUAUGAAUUUAUUGAGGGGGCCUUCGUUAAAAAGAUAAUGAGCGAGAGACAAACCUUUUGGUAUUCAGGAUGGACGCAUGUGAACUCAGUGAAGAGUUUCUAUGAAGAAGAGAAAUCUGUAUUUGCUGCGAGAAAAGAAACUUACUUUUUGGCGUGGGCAAAGGAGAACCGGGCGUUGCUGUGUUCAGAGAUAUACCCGUUGCUGAACAGAAUGACGAAAAAGAAAGGAGAAAAAAAUGUUUAUGUACUCGACAGAACUUCUGAGUUUCUGUUUUUUGAAAUCAUCAAGAAACGUAUUCUCGUCGCUGGUGCAAGAGUUGCAGUUGUGAUGAACUAUAUUCUCCAGGUUCGCGGGUUGGAUGAAGGGCUUGGGCAGCUCCGCGCAGGCAGCGGAAUGCAAGAUGUUCCGACGACAAAAUCAUAUGAGGUUUUUGGGGCGUGGAGGGAGCGGAAGAAAAAGAGCAGGGAGCUGCGGUUUGAGCAGCAGCUCGCUCACGACCAAUUCCCGCAGCAGCAGCAACAGCAGCAGGAGGAUCAGGAUCAUCUGCCGUUGCAGCUGCUGCUGCAACAGCAGCAGCUCCUGUCCCCGCCGCCGCCUCCGCCACCACCGCAGCAGCAGCAGCAGCAGCAGCAGCAGCAGGAGGAGGAGUUUCAAGCUAUCCAAACUCUGCAGCAGCUGAAUACAUGCAGCAGCAGCAGCAGCACCAACAGCAGCAGCAGCAGCAGCGGCAGCAGAAGCAGCAGCGGCAGCGGAAGAAGAAAGGAGCAGCAGCAGUAG